AUGGCCGAGGCAAUGAAGAACGAUACUACUACUAUCAAUAACAUGAUGAACACGCCCAUAGAAAACGCGGCCAACAACAACAUCAACAAACCCAAGAUGCCAAUCAUCUUCAACAACCUCAAUGACGCCGUUGCCGUCUUGCUUGCUACUCUUGUGGCCAUGUCCAUGGAGAAGAAAGGACAGCAAGUGAAAGGACGAAAGGUGAUCAUGUUCCAGCCUCACCACAAGAAUGUCGAUGGUGACAUGGUGUGCGUUGGCGGUGCCGAAUUCCCGCUAUACAACACCAUCAGCACUCCAGCUCAAGUUGCUGCACGACGAUUCGUGAAGGCUGUCCGCCCACUCAAGGCAGCCACCACCGUCGUCAAGGUGACCAUGUUCCAGCCUCACCACAAGAAUGUCGAUGGCGACACAGUGUGCGUUGGCGGUGCCGAAUUCCCGCUAUACAACACCAUCAGCACUCCAGCUCAAGUCGCGGCACGACGACUUGUCAAGGCUGUCCGCCCACUCAAGGCAGCCACCACCACCACCGUCGUCGUCGAGACUGUUGUAGAGGACGACAAUGACAUUGAAGAUGAGAAGAUGGUGAAGACUUCUUCUGCCGCUGAUGCAUACGGCCCUGGUGCAAUUGUCCUUUACAUUGCUCCCAGUACCACCGUCAACGACCAGGAGAAUGUCGUCGCUGACCAACAACAACAACAAGUCAAGGCUGUCCGCCCACUCAAGGCAGCCACCGCCACUUCCACUGUCGUAGUCGAGACUGUCGUAGAGGACGACGACGAUGACGAGGAGGACACCGUCUACGCUGACCUGCUUUGGCAAGGCCCCAACCCCUACAUUGUCGUGAACCAACCAGUCGUCGAUAUCCGGGUUUUUGAUUUCACCCUGGGUGGGAUCUACAAGGCUCGACGGACUGACAGAACUGACGAAAAAAAGAAAGAUCGCAGUCGUGUUGACGCUGACGACAAAUGGAAGCAACACUAUGGCGACAUUACUAAAGGCUUGUUGACGACGGAGCGAAAGACCAACAAGAAGGGAUACACAGCAUUCUACAAUCCACAUGCACAAAUUGCCUUUUAUGAAGAUGAAGGCGAUCUCAUGGACAAGAGGCGCCACUUUCUCGAUGUGAUCGAACCGGCUAGAGAGAAGAACAAUAAAGAUUGGAGAGACUUUGUACUAGCUGCAUAUGACUCUCUUCCCGAAGAUCAGAAGUCCAACAACUGGUACAGCCAAGUCAAGCACGAGGCAACGAAACGCACCCAGCAGGAAGCAGACGACGACAUGGCCCAGCUCAUUGAGGCGUAUGGAGAAGAGCAACUGGCCAACUGGAAGCGAGACGAUGCCGCCAAACGCCGAGUCAUUGUGAAGGUUGCCGCGCCACCACAAGUCGUCGAGGAGAACGUGCCUGAAGACAUGGACGUGGACGACGAAGAGGAACAACAACACGAGCCAGUCGUAGUCGAGACUGUUGUAGAGGACGACGACGACGAUGACAUGGCAGAUGAGAAGAUGACGAAAACUUCUUCUGCCACUGAUGCCUACGGCCCUGGUGCAAUUGUCCUUUACAUUGCUCCCAUCGUCCAAAAACCACCACAACCUGUCGAGACUGAGGAAGAGAACGACCAACAACAACAAGUGGUGAUUGAGGAUUUCGAAGACGAUGAUGACUUCUCGCUUCCUUCUCUGACUGAUGAACAGGAGGCGUUCCUUGCUCGAGAACUUGCAAAGUAUCUCCAACAACAACAAAAGGAGCCAGUUGUCGUGGAGACUGUUGAAGAGGACGACGACGAAGUGGAAGUCGAGAAGAUGGCAUCACACGAUGAUGGCUAUGGCCCUGGUGCGAUUGUAGUGUACAUGGGCAGCGACAAUUUCAACGAAGAGCAAGGCAAGCCUGAAGUAGAGAUGCCAACACACAUUGAUGAACAACCAUCGGCAGAGGGCGACGCCGAUCAACAACCACCAAUGGCAGACGAGGCGCAACCUGCCCCACGCCGGUCGACACGACCCAGUGCGGCCAAGGCCAGUCGGAAGAUUGCAGAACAGGCGGAAUCCCGACGACGAGUGGCCAAAAAAACCAAGGCGACUGCAAACAAGCGAUCGACUUCUACAACACCCAAGGCGACCGCAAACAAGCGGUCGACUUCUACAACACCCAAGGCGACGACAACCAAACCGUCGACCACUACAACUCCCACAACAGUGCGGCGGACACUUCGAUCCGGGCGCCAGGUUUCUUCUUAUAGGCCUCCACUUGGAGAAGAGCUACUGACACUUUCUCUCUUUGCAUCCUCACCCAUUCUUCAAUCUAUUGCUUGCAGGCCUCCACUUGGUGACGACAAAACACAACCAAGUCCUGGCCAGGCACAAGGCUUCCACUUGGAAAUGACACAACCAGCAGCAAGUCCUGGCCAGGCACAAGGCUUCCACUUGGAAAUGACACAACCAGCAGCAAGUCCUGGCCAGGCACAAGGAUGA